AUGGCUACCGUUCAGGAUAAGAACAUCGAUUCCGCCAUGGAGAAAGGCAGUCCUGAGACCCCAGGUGCUCUCGAUGAGCACACUCCUGCUACUCAUGUGAACGCAACCAAGUUUCACCUCCCCCGCCUCCCCAGCAAGAAUGUUCUUUGGUUCAUCGUCAAGUAUGUCAUUUGCGUCUUGACCUUGACUACCCUGGUUGUUCUGGCGUUCCAGGUCUACGAGGAUCACUACGACUACAACUCUCUCUUGGCUAAGUACAACGAUCUUGUCAAUCACGCCACCGAUGUCGAUCCCAAGAUGGCCCGCGCCAUUCAAGCUACCGAUGGUGGUCAGGUCUUCACCUCCACGAUCGCCCCCUUCAUCACUGCUACCGAUGAGGUCGAUGUCUCUGCGCUUCCCUGCACUGGUCUUGAGACUUCCGUCUCUACCAGCGUGACUGCCGCUCCGAUUGCGACCAGCAUCACGCCUGUAGGAUAUUCGCUCGGUUCCUCCUUGUCCCCUGAGACCACUACCGCAACUGCGACCACACUGGACGUCACCACUAUCACCAUCCCGCGAUCUACCCUCACUCUGACCACGACUCUGACCACCUCUCCUGGCGAGUUCACGUCUUCGGCUGAUGCGUUGUCCGCCUCCAUUCUUUCCAGCUCUUCCUUGAGUUCUAGGGAGGUUACCACCACCACUACUAUCUUUCAGCCGGCCACUGUUACUGCCACUCUCUCCGCUCUCAGCUCUCUGCCUGCAGAGCUUUCGUCAUACCCUCUGGUGUCAAUCUCUGUCAUCAACACCUUGACGACUAUCACCAAGAUCGUUUCUGGGCAGCAGACUAUCCUCGUCACUCAGACCUUGUCUCCGUCCAUCGCCACUGGAUUGUCCUCGGUUGAUGCCCUCUCCGGAUCCAUCAGCAGCACCGUGGCGCCUGUCUUGGGCACGUCCGUCUUUGGCACUGCUGGAGCCACCACAAUCACUCUGACCAGCACCGCGUCCAACAACUAUACCGUCUCCCACACCGGCGGUCCGGGCCCUGGAGCCACCAUCUCCAUUUCUGAUGGAGCUAAGGGCCCCAAGCCCCUAGGCGCGAGCCACGGGAAGCCGAGCGGCUCCGUGUAUUGCGUCGUGAUGAUUAUCACAGCUCUUGUCACUCUCUUCAUCUAA